AUGAAACUAAACGAAACAAAAUCAGACUCGACAGAUGAAUUACUAAAAUCUGUUAAAAAGAAUGGAACAAUCGAGAAAAAACAAAAUAAGAAAAAGAAAAACAAUUUCGAAGUUCGUGUUCCUCGAAUCAUUGUACGCAAUCUUAAUUUCAAAGUCAACGAAACUCAACUAAAAAAAGCUUUUGAAAAAUGUAGUACUUCAAUUAGCAACGUGUCGAUUGUUGCAAGAGAUGGAGUAUCGAAAGGAUUUGGUUUUGUAACAUUUGAUAAACUUGAAGAUGCACAAAAAGCAGUACAAGAAAUGAAUGGACAAAAAGUAUUAGGUCGACCAAUGGCUGUAGAUUGGUCCUUACCAAAAAAUGUAUAUCAAAAAAUGCAAACAAAAGCAUCAUCAGCACCUGUUCGCAAUAAUAGCUAUGGUAUUCAAUCAGAACCUAAUCCGCCGGAAAUCGAAGAAGAACCAGAGGAUGAACAUCAGGACGACGAUGAUGAAGAAGAUGAUGACGACGAUGACGAAGAAGAUUUGAAUGAUGAUGAAGAGGAAGAAGAAGAAGAACCAAAGAUAAGAACAGAUGAAAGUAGUCGUGAUGUACGUGAACAUCGUACAUUAUUUGUUCGUAAUAUACCAUAUGAUACUACUGAAGAUGAAUUAUCAAAGAUCUUAUCAUCCAAUGGACAAUAUCGUAUACAAUCUUGUCGUUUAGUUAUUGAUCGAAUAUCUCGACAUCCACGUGGUAGUGCAUUUGUUCAAUUUGCUUCAUCAGAAGAUGCUGAAAAAUGUGUAAAUUUACCAUUUACAAUUCAGGGACAACAAUUACAAUUAGAUAUGGCAUUAGGUCGUGGUGAACUUGUUAAAGCAAAAGAAUUACGUGAUAAAAAAAAUGAAAAUAAUAAAAAAAAUGAUCAACGUAAUUUAUCACUUGCUAAUUAUGGUGUUAUACUUAAUUUAGAUGAAUUAGAUGGAAAUGAAAAUGAUUUACGAAAAAGACAAAAUCUUGAAGAUGUUAAAAAACAAAAACUUAAAGAUCCAUUAUUUUUUAUUUCACCAACACGCUUAACCAUACAUAAUUUACCGCCAAAUAUUGAUGAUGAACAAUUAAGAAAACUCAUUGUUGAAACAUUAAAAAAAGAUAAAAUACCAAUGAAAGAUAUUAUUCUUAAUGAAUGUCGAGUAAUGAAAAAAAAUAAAGAUUCAAAAAAAGCUCUCGGUUUUGGUUUUAUUAAUUUAUCACGUCAUGAAAUAGCAUUACGACUUAUUGAAUUACUUAAUAAUAAUAAGUAUGUAUUUGGUUCUAAUCGACGACCAAUUGUUCAAUUUUCAAUAGAAAAUCGUCGUGCAUUACAAUUACAAGAACAACGACGUGAACGUAUACAUGCUAAACAAGAAUUAAUAAAAAAUCCAGCAAAUAGAACUUUAUCAUUUGAAAGUAAUACGAAGAAAAAACAAAAUCGAACGAAUGUAUUAGAACAAACAAAUAAUAAAGUUCGUUUGAGUGAAGUUAUUAAACAACAAAUAAAACAAGAAGCAGAAGAAAACGAAGCAAAUAAUCUUCAAGAUGAUAAUGAACAAUUUAUGGAUGUCGAUAAUAAAAAAACAUCUAAUAAUAACAAGAAUAAUGAAAAAACGAAGAAAAAAAGAUUAAAAACAAAAUCCAAAGGUGAAAUACGAGAUAAAGUUGAUCGUAUGAUCGCCAAUUCUAGAAAUAAACCACAACUACCAAAAAAGACAAAGAAGAAAUGGUUUGAAUAA